AUGUCAGGACCCAUUACCGUGAUACCGCCUGUCUACGACGAAUGCGAAUGCUGUGGAGAGGAGGCGGAGGAGGGACAAACACAGAUGUUGAGAUGUUCGGCGUGCAAGAACAAGUUCUACUGCUCACCGAGGUGCCAGAAGAAGGACUGGAAGGAGCACAAGAUGAACUGCUCGCCGCUGCCCGUGCCUCUAGUCCCCAACGUCCCCGAAAGAGGCCCGGAGAUGAUAUCGGAGGUUGAGCGCGCGGCAAAUAUGCUCAAGGAAGUUUUCGAUGCUUGGAAGAGGAUCGACGACGAAGAGGAGUCGAAGAACCUCCCUGACAUCGAGAGGCUCAAGCUCAAGUUCAAAGAUCCGGCGACCAAGAGCCUCACUCGGUACGAGCUGCCCGCCGAGUUCGCCUGGAAGACGAAUCUUCUCGACAAGCAUCCAGAUUUCGAUCGCGUGCUACACUCGUUAAGGCGUCUCUUCUGGAUCGAUACCGUCGCCGCAAUCAAGGACGACAAGGAGCGCGAGGACUGGCUCGAGCAGCUGAAGAGCAUGCGUUUGCCACCCAGCUUCCCGCAGAUCGUUCCGGAGAAGGCGCUCGCGCUUCCCAGCGGCCUGAGCCCUGGUGAGUACGAGAUGCUCGCGCAGGUGGCGAACAUCAGGAGCUUCCCGCUGGCUCCCGAAGUCCCCGCGGAGGCCGGAGGCGCUGGUGCGGACUCGGCCUACACCAAGCGAUGGCUGCACUUAGCGGUCAUCUACAAGCAGUCUCGUGCGAGUAGCUGA